AUGAACUUCCUAGCAAAGAGGAGCCCGCAAAUUCAAGGUGUCAUAAAUUCAGGCGUGCCUGGUCCGGGCGCCCAAAAUCGAUUGAAUACAGGGCAACCUAUCAGGCAAAAUCUAACGCCUUUUCAACAAGCUACAACAGUUCCUGCUGCAGUUUCAACGGUUCCUGCUGUAGUUUCAACAGUUCCUGCUGCAGUUUCAACGGUUCCUGUUGCAGCUACAGCGGUUUCUGCGGCUCAACCUGCAGGACAGGUGGCUGGUGCUCAAACUCAACCUGCAGGUCAGCCAGUGAACACGAUAAUGCGAACUACGGCACAAGCGUCAACUCUUUCAGGGCAACCUGCUGUUUCAGCUCCUUCUGUUGGAACUUCUCCGCAAGGAAGUACCAACGCUGCUUCUACAAAUGACAUCGAGGAUCCUAAUGACGAUCUUGCUGAAGACGAUGCCGCCGAUGACGAUACGUAUGACGAGGAUCAGUUGGACCGCGAUGAACUAGAUUCAGAACCUGAGGCCCCCUGUGUGCCACGUCGGCGCCGGCGUAGACGUCGAUGUCGUCACCCUUAUCCUCAUAUGAGUCGAAGGCUGCGUGGACCAGGACCGCCAGAGUACGACGAUUAUGAAAGAACCCGAAAACAAAAUGAUUGGGUGGACUUUAGAGGGGAUCCAGGGUUUUUUGAUCAGGGAAACCAAGGAGGCAACCAAGGAGGUAACCAAGGAGGCAACCAAGGUGGCAACCAAGGAGGCAACCGAGAAGGCAACCGAGAAGGCAACCGAGAAGGCAACCAAGGAGGCAACACGGGUGGGAUUGGAGGUCAAGGUGGAAUUGAUGGUCAGGGAGGAAAUGGUGGUCAGGGAGGAAAUGAAGGUCAAGGUCAAGGGGGCACAGGAGGCAGAGGUGGCGGUAGGGGAGGAAGAGGGGGAAUGGGAGGUGGAGGAGGUGGUGGUGAGGGGGGAGGCAGGGCAGAGGGAACUGGUAAGAUAUUUCUUUGUAGGAUGUUAUCGGAAAUCAACAGCAAUAGCAUCGGGCGGGGGCUUGUCCGUUCAUUUCCUAGACAGCACUUGUGA